CCUAUUGGUCCAGAACGGGAACGGGGCCUCAGUCUUUCCCUUCAUUUCACCGGAACGCUUUCGGCCAUUGUUGUUGUCAUGUAACAUAAUCAUCGUGUAUGUUUAUUCCAAAAAAUACCGAGGAGGCGGGAUCGAGGAGGCGAAUAUCGUUGGAAUUCAAUCGGUAUUAUCUCUAAUAUCGAUUACCGAGAUAUGUCUGUGAAACGGAUAAUAUAUGUUAUGAUUGUGGAAGCGGCGAGGCGUUACUUUACUUUAACAAGUUAACCGCGUAACCUGGUUAGGGGGUUGGCUGAGGUAAGGACAGUGGUCGAGGUGUUUUGUUAGGUGCCUGAAUAUAUAUAGAGAUUUUUUUGUUGUCUUCAUAACAGUCAGCUGAUCGUAAGGAGACUGGCACAAUGCCGUGUGAUCAGAUGGACACGGACAUGUUGGGGAAUAAUGAUCUGUACUCACACCAGUAGGACCUAAUAUUUGGUUUCAAUGUGGAAUUGUAUUUUUGCUUGUUGAGUAUUCAGAUAACCUAUUUGGUCGUAUUUAGGCGAACAUAUUAGGUCAUCAAAAGAUCUCCAAACAACAAUUUGACUAUAAUUUGAAUAUAUAUAUUUUUCAGAGAAUUACCUAAUAUUCUCGAAGCAAUCAUGUCUGACUACACACAGAGGUCUCUGCCUUUUUGUCGGCGGCUGAGUUACGCCGUGGGACACUUUCUGAACGACCUGUGUGCGUCUAUGUGGUUCACCUAUCUGCUGGUGUACUACCACUCCGUGCUGGGCUUUCAGAACACCUAUGCAGGUGUGUUACUGCUGGUGGGGCAGAUAGCGGACGGGGUCUGCACACCCCUUAUCGGCUACGAGUCGGACCGGACGCCGGGGUGUGGGACAUACGGCAAGAGGAAGACAUGGCAUUUAGUGGGUACGGUCAGUGUGCUGAUGUCCUUUGCGUUCAUCUUUAAUCAGUGUGUGGGGUGUGACCAGUACACCUCUCAGUGGGUCAGCCUGACCUACUUCAUCCCCUUCAUCAUCAUCUUUCAGUUCGGCUGGGCUGCAACGCAGAUCUCACACCUGUCACUCAUCCCUGAGCUGGUGUCCUGCGAACACGCCAAGGUGGAGCUCACUGCUUACAGGUAUGCGUUUACAGUGAUGGCCAAUAUAACAGUGUAUGCUGUGGCCUAUCUGCUGUUCCACUUCCAGACCGGAUCAGAUGAGGACCCCUCUCUCACCGAGACCCUUGGGCCCAUAGAUAUCCCUAUAUUCAGGAACCUGAGCCUCAUCGUGCUGGGUAUCGGUGCUCUUUCCUCUGUCCUCUUUCACUUGGGCACACGUGAAGAGCAGAGGGGAGCAGGGGAAGAGAAGAGGGAAGAGGAGGAGGAGGAGGGUGAAGAAGGAGAAGAGAAAGGAGAGCGGCGGCCCCUUAUCCCUCGCCCUCAGGCUGCCGGCCCUGCCCAGUCGCUGCUGAGGUGGAAAUGCUGGCUGAAACAGCCUUCCUUUUACCAGGUAGCGUUUCUCUACAUGUCCACCAGACUGAUCGUGAACCUGUCUCAGACGUACAUCUCCAUGUACCUUACCAACACUCUCAUGUUGCCAAAGAAAUACAUUGCCACUAUUCCCCUGGUGAUGUACGUCAGUGGCUUCGCUUCCUCUUUCAUCAUGAGGCCUAUCAGCAAACUCAUCGGAAAAUGUAUGACUUACUUCGUGGGCCUGCUGCUGAUCAUGGGCUUCUCUUAUUGGGUGUUGGUAGACGACCAGAUGGGUGACCGGAUCUACGGGGCGUCCGUCCUUCUAGGAGUGGGGUCAGCUACCAUCCUGGUGAUGUCACUCUCCAUGACCGCUGACCUCAUCGGGGACCAGACGCAAAGUGGAGCGUUUGUUUACGGGGCGAUGAGCUUCACUGACAAGGUGGCCAACGGAGUAGCUGUUAUGAUGAUACAGACUCUACACCCCUGCCAUACUCAGGUCUGCUGUCCAGCGUGUGUGUGGUACUACCACUAUGUCAUGGUCAUAGCAACAGGGGGCGUGGCCGUGGUAGCAGCUCUCAGUCUCUGUACCAUCCUCGUCUGGCCUGUCAGGAUCGUCCGCCAGACAGACGUGAAGAACAUAGACAAUCCUAACUACGAUUGGGUGGUUCCAGUGGGGCGGGGCCAGGACUCUGGCAAGAAGAACCAACACAAGGAGAACAUAGACAACCCUAACUACACUCAGGAAGCGGGGCAGGGUCUGCCUUACAUCUCAGGUCUGAUGGGCAGCGAGGAUCAGGACAUCUCUGAGGACAACUCUUACCAGCCUAGACCAACGGUCAACUAAGGAACUAUGGCUGGCGGAGGUAUGGUGUACAGGGUUAACUAGGCCCUGCUCUACUGAAGCAGAGACCAGGAUCCGGGGCUCUACUGAAGCAGAGACCAGGAUCCGGGGCUCUACUGAAGCAGAGACCAGGAUCCGGGGCUCUACUGAAGCAGAGACCAGGACCCGGGGCCUCUACUGAAGCAGAGACCAGGAUCCGGGGCUCUACUGAAGCAGAGACCAGCCAGUCCCACUUAUGGUGAAUAACCACUGCAGAACCCAGCCUGUCUCUUCAGGGAUUAUAGUUUAGCUCUGGCCUCUCCAGAACCUCUCCAGAACCUCUCCAGAACCUCUCCAGAACCUCUCCAGGGCCUCUCCAGAACCUCUCCAGAACCUCUCCAGAACCUCUCCAGAACCUCUCCAGGGCCUCUCCAGAACCUCUCCAGAACCUCUCCAGGACUCACUCAGGCAUCUUAAAACUCUCAACUGGAACAACAAACAUUUAGACUGAAAAGUCAUCUCACCGCAGUGUUCACAAACAGCCAACUGGACUAACAGAGGUUCCUCUGAACUGAAAGAAUCAGGAGACUUUCCUUCUGGAACCUGACCAAUAACUGUUCUGUACUGUAGGUGAGUUGGGUUGAACAGUAGCCAUUAUGUCCCAUUUCUACUAUAGAUAAAAACGUUGCUUGGCUGUCGCAGAGUAUCGGUCAAUACGGUGUACACUAUUACUGUCAACAUGAGGGAGGCUAUACAGUAACAGUCCAUUCUAUCGCUCUCUCUUUCAAUCAGCACCUUCUCACAGUCAUACUGCAGUUGGUUCAAUCGGUUGAUUCAGUCGGUUGAUUCAGUCGGGUGAUUCAAUCGGUUGAUUCAGUCGGUUGAUUCAGUUGGUUGGUUCAGGCGGUUGGUUCAAGCGGUUGGUUCAGUCGGGUUGGUUCAGUCGGGUUGGUUCAGUCGGGUUGGUUCAGUCGGGUUGGUUCAGUCGGGUUGGUUCAGUCGGGUUGGUUCAGUCGGGUUGGUUCAGUCGGGUUGGUUCAGUCGGGUUGGUUCAGUCGGGUUGAUUCAGUCGGGUUGAUUCAGUCAGGUUGAUUCAGUCAGGUUGUUUCAGUCAGGUUGUUUCAGUCAGGUUGGUUCAGUCAGGUUGGUUCAGUUCAACAGUGCCUAUAUGAUUGAGUAUAUAUCUACGCUGACACACAUGGGUCCAGAAGACUUACAUACCACUCUAGAGAAAAUUCCUAUAAUACACUAUUAUUCCAUCUCUUGUGAAUGUCCCCCAAAAAAUACAUUAUUGAACUUAAUUGACACACUAUUCAUACUGCUUACAGCCCACUGGGCAUACACUGGUUGAUUCAGCGUUGUUUCAACGUCAUUUCAAUGAAAUGACAUUGAACCAACGUUGAAUGGACGUUGAAUGGACGUCUGCCCAGUGGGAGGUGCCAUGUCAUUAGAACAGCUGUUGUUUUGAGGUACGGUGUCUUUUGUAAAUGUACCUAUUGUUUGUUUUAUUACAGGGAACAUUUAAUUCCAGUGUGGUACUCAUUGAAGUGUUGUAGUAGUAAUACGCCGUUGUGUUGCAUUAAACUACAUCAUAUUGUGUGUUUUUGAUGACAUGUUCUAAUGUAAAUUACAUUGCAUUGUAAAAUAAGGAUUUGCGUGAGGGGCCAUUUAUUACAUUUAAAACGAAUCAGGAUUUAAGCAGAAGCUUGUGUGAAAAGGGAUACUUUGCAAUAUGGAUAAACUGAAUGGAAUGUAUACUGAGCAAAAAUAUAAACGCGACAAUUUCAACCAUUUUACUGAGUUACUGUUCAUAUGAAUUCAUUAGGGCCUAAUCUAUGGAUUUCACGUGACUGCACAGGGGCAAAGCCAUGGGGGGACCUUGGCAAAGGAGAAAUGCUCACUAACGGGGAUGUAAACAAAUUGGUGCUCAACUUGAGAGAAAUAAUGUUUUUGUGCGUAUGGAACAUUUCUGGGAUUAUUAUUUUUUUUUAGCUCAUGUAACAUGGGACCAACACUUUUCCAUGUUGUGUUUUUAUAUUUUUUGUUCGGUAUAUAUGAAUAGUAGAAUAUAUUUUCUGGUGAUACUCCGGUUACUGGACAGACAGAGAUGAUUCUACGUCUCAAACAAUAGAACUACAAUCAUUAGAGUAGAAAUCAUUCUGAUUCUAUGGGGAAAACAUUCUGCACACGGCGACUAGGAAACUGACUGAUAGGAAAACAUUUUAUCUCUCAUUGCUUUUUAUUUCCAAUAUAUUGCGACGUUACUUUUUUCCCCCCUACAGUUUGUCUCUGUUUAUCAUGUUCAUUCAUUGGGAAGUGAUUUUCUUCCCUACAGUUUAUCAUGCUCAUUGAAGUAUAUUAAACAUAUUUCAUACA